UAGCUUCGCCACUGAAGGAAAUAUGUUGUUUCCUUGAGUGUACAAAUGUAGCAUAAAUAAAGAAAAUCAUUCCGAAUGCUUUAAACGUUGAGGUUGUGCGAGUUUGGUUAUCAUUCAAGAAGAAAAGCGAUGCGUCUUGGUGAAAAUUAAAUAAUACCGAUUAAAGAUGCAGUCUCAGCUAGCGGCGGCAUUGUUAGGUCAUAAUACUAAUGCGACUUCCGCCGCAAGUAAUUUAGAUGACGAUGAAAACUUUCGCGAGGACGAGCCCGAAGACACUGAAGAAUUCGAUGAGGAAGUCGUGAACGAGAAUGAUAAGCCCAGCGUUAAGGUGGUCGGGAAAGAGUCGAGCAACCGAACUGUCACUUUGCAGAUGCUCCUCGGUGCGGGCAUCUUGAAGCCUGGUGCCGGUGCUAUGACCAUUGAAUACCUGGGGCAAAAAUUCGUCGGGGACCUGUUGGAAGACGGCAAGAUACGCAGUCAGGAGACGGACGUGGUGUUCGCUUCGCCGAGCGCUUGGGCGAUCGCCUGCAAAAGGUUCAUAAAUCCGGACAAAAAGUCCGGCUGCGGUUGGGCCUCCGUCAAAUACAAGGGCAAAAAGUUGGAUGCUUACAAGAAUGUUUGGUACAAGAAGAAAAAGGAGGACGAGAAAAUUGAAUUAGAGAAAGAGAACGCGAAUCUAGAACAAUUAUUACAAAAACAACAGCAACAGCUACAGCAGAGCGCAGCGGCGGUGGCCGCGGCAGCGUCGACCGCUACCAACGAAAUCGCCAUGUUUCAAAGGUUCGUCGUCAAACACAACACCAUCGCUAAUCGCACGAUCACGCACGACGGCAAUACGAUGAUCGAGUGCGUGCCGUUCGCGAGUCUCGGCAAGAUUCCGCCAUUUUUGAUCUCGUUACAUACGAACGCGGUUCUGCUGAUGGACUUUCACUGUCACCUCACCAAGUCCGAAGUGUCCGGCUAUCUCGCCGGCCACUGGGACGUAAAUUCGCAUAACCUGGUAAUUACGCACGCUUUUCCCUGUCGGAACACGAAAGCGGACAGGGCAAAUGCGUCUGCCGUGGAACAGGAAAUUUCGAACACGAUUGAUAGAGAGAAACUGACGCUUGUUGGUUGGUAUCACUCGCAUCCGUUCGCGGCGGCGGCGCCUACACUGCGCGACGUCGACGCUCAGCUGGACUACCAGAUCAAGAUGAGGGGCACGCACGAUAACAGUUACACGCCAUGCAUCGGCGUCAUCAUAUCGCCGUACAACCCCGAAAGCGUCAGCCUAGAGUCCGGCAUCGUCGCGUACUGGGUGGUCCCUCCCCCGGAAACCAAACCCAACGAGUAUGGUCGCCCGAUGCUGAUGUCCUAUAGCGUCGUCCAGGACGUCGCCCUAUCGCCGCACGUCAAAGACGAAAUCGCCAAAUGCGUCACGUAUUACAAAAAAGAGGCGGACUUCGUCGACUUCAGCGACAAGUUCGCGGGCCACGCCCCCUACAUCGACAAACUGAAGACGUCGCUGAUGUCGAAAUUUCCGCGGGACGAGACGGAGACGGCGGUGUGGCGUUUCAUCCGGGAGACCUUGGAGGUGGAGGCGGAAGAAAAAGAAGAGGCGGUGUUGUCGAUACCGAAACCCGGCCAGCAACUGCUGUCGCCAGCUAUUAAUUCUAAUCUCAUUCUACCGACCGACAUAUCGAGCUUGCUGUUCAGUUCGGGUCGUUUCCCCAGCCCGACGAGUCUUUUGGGGUUGCCCGACCCCAUGGCUCACAGUACUCUCGCCGCAAACAACAUGUUCCUUUCUACAAACCUGUUCAAGAUGCAGGAACUGCUGAAACCGUUUUCCUCCUCCUCCUCCUCCUCCGCGUACAAGCAAAAGGCGGAGUCGUCGACCAAGACGUCGAAGUCGUCGGUGCCGUUAAAAAUACCGAACGAGCAAAAGGUCCCGAAGACGACGACGUCAACUUCGUCAGAUUUUUCCAUCGAUUUCAUGCACGGCAAGACCAAGGAAGCGACGUCGUCGGAAUACCUUAAGGGUAUCGGCAAGGCGGCGGGCAAAACGGAUUUUUUCAUGUCGAGCUUGGUGGCGGGCAAGGGGGCGGAUCCCGAGGAGGCGGAGCGGCCGGCCAAAGUAUCGAAGCUCGAUUACGCGAUGGACUUCGGGUACCAAGCGGCCGGGACGGGGGAAGUGGGCGUGGUCGAGUCCGAACCCGACGCCCCGCUCAACCUGACCGGCGACUAAACAUGUUUUAUUUUAUAUGUAAAUAUUUAUGAUGAAAUAUAUCAUCGAUCGUC